AUGGACCCGCCGCCUUCCGAGCUCAUGGUCUUGACCAAGAAGCUCAUCGAGAUCCGCAAUCUCUUGAAAACCAUCGACAACAAUGGCUCCAACCUGAAGCUCCCGAGCAUCGUCGUUGUUGGAUCACAGAGCUCUGGAAAGAGCUCUGUGCUCGAAGCCAUUGUCGGGCACGAGUUCUUGCCAAAAGGCUCCAACAUGGUGACCCGCCGCCCUAUCGAACUGACCCUCAUCCAUACACCCAACUCUAAGGAAGAAUACGGAGAGUUCCCGCAGCUGGGACUCGGCAAGGUCCACGACUUUACCCACAUCCAGAGAACCUUGACUGACCUCAAUCUUGCCGUUCCCGACGAGGAGUGUGUUUCAAGCAAUCCGAUCGAGCUGCGAAUCUACUCCCAGAACGUCCCUGACUUGACGCUGAUCGACCUGCCCGGGUACAUCCAAAUCCACAACCGCAACCAGCCCGCCGUUCUCAAGCAAAAGAUUGCCGAUCUGUGCGAGUCCUACAUCUCCGAGCCCAACAUUAUUCUGGCUGUCUGUGCAGCCGAUGUGGACUUGGCCAACUCGGAGGCUUUGCGGGCCAGCCGCAAGGCCGAUCCUAACGGCGGCCGAACCAUCGGCGUGAUUACCAAGAUGGAUCUUGUGGAUCCCAACAGCGGAGUUAAGAUCCUCCAGAACAGCGACUAUCCGCUCCAGCUCGGUUACGUUGGUGUCGUGUGCAAGUCGGGCCCUCAAAAGGGUCAGACCGCGCUCGUGCGGACCGAGGAGGCCUUUUUCAACGCCAACGCCGAUGUCUAUCGCAAGCCCAAGGUCAACGUCGGCACGCCCACUCUCCGCCGCCGACUGAUGGAGGUACUCGAGGAGCGCAUGGGCAAGAAUCUCUUCAAGAUCGUCGACAAUGUCCAGGCUGAGCUUGACGAUGCCCGGUACCAGUUCAAAGUGCAAUACAAUGACCGUCGCAUUACGGCCGAGUCCUAUGUCGCCGAAUCGAUCGACGUCCUCAAGCAGCGGUUCAAAGAGUUCACGAAGCAGUUUGGCAAGCCCCAGGUCCGCGAGGAGGUCCGCCAGAUGCUCGAGCAGCGCAUCCUCGACAUUUGCUCGGAGGUGUACUGGACUGAUCAGCGCGUCGCCACGCUGAGCAAGAUCUGUGCCGGUGACCCUUACUGGCAGACUCGAGCCGACAUGACAUCUGCUGCUCUGACAAAGAGCGGCAUUGGCCGCGCCAGCACCCAGCUUGUGGUGGAUAUUUUGAUGCGCAACAUGGAGCGCAUCACCAGCAACGAGCCGUUUGUCAAUCAUCCCGAAGCCCGCCGCAAGCUGAUGGACUUUAGUAACGAGAUUCUGCGCAACAAGUUUCACACCACGGUCGACCAGGUCGAGAACACCAUCAAGCCCUACAAGUUUGAGGUUGAAUGCACCGAGCAAGAGUGGAACGAGGGCGUCAAGCGCGCCGUCCACCUGAUCGACACGCAGCUUGCGCAGGCCCAGAAAGAGAUCCAAGAGAUCAUGUCCAGCGUCGGCCGGCGCAAGCUUCGCAACGCCAUCCAGCAUCUGCAGAAGCACGAGAAGCAGGCCCAGCUCAACAGCCAGGCUACAAAGUUUGACGACAGCAUCGAGGGCGAGCACAACUUUUCCUACAACGAUCAAGUCGCCCUUGCCGAGUCCCUCAGCAACGGCGAGGGACCUGCCUCCAACAUGAAGCUCCUCGACCGAGCUCGCCAGGCCGCCAACCUGCAAAAUCGCAUCCAGAUCCUGCAGCUCCGGUCGGCUGCGCUCAAGAGCCGCCAGUGCCGGGUCAUGGAUAACAAGGGCUGCUGCCCAGAGGCCUUCCUCGAAGUCGUAGCCGAGAAGCUGACCUACACCGCCGUCAUGUUCAUCUACGUCGAGCUGCUGAACGAGUUCUUUUUCCAGCUCCCUCGCGAGGUGGACAACAAGCUGUACUACGACCUCUCGCGUUCAGAAAUCCUGUCCUUCGCCAAGGAGAACCCUCAUAUCCAGAAGCACCUGGAAGCCCAGGAGCGAAAGAUGACGCUCGAGUUGGUGAUGGAGAAGCUGAGGGAGCUGACCCGGAACAAUAGAAAGUAG